AUGGCGGCACAAGAACAGGAGCUGCAGACUUCUGUGGAUUCCCUGAAGAGGGAAAUGGUAUUGAUGCGGGAGAAGGUGGCACGAGAAUGUGAGCUGCAAACCUCUGUGGAUUCCCUGAGGAAGAAGAUGGCCUGGAUGCUGGAGGAGCUCUUUGCUUUUGCAUCCAUGUUGGCUCCCUGGUGGUCUCCUGGGAUUCGCGACUUCGGGCACAUUUGGGGGCUCGUCCGGGAUCCUGGAGACCCCCAGGACUCCCGACCCAGGGGGCCUAGUGCCGGCUGCUCUUACAGGUUCUUUUUACCACUGAGGAGAGAGAGAGGAUCCAGGUGGAAGCCCGGAAGUCAGUUCUGGGCGACAAUAGACAGCCCACCCAGAACCCAGAGCUCAUCAAUGCUGCUUUUCCCCUCUCUCGUGCAAACUGGAACUACAAUUCAGCAGAAGAUAAUCCUCAGGAGUGACAGAGACACCUUAAGAAACUGGCCACUGGACAAGUAUGUAGAUGAUAUCCUGGUAGCCACUGAAGACCAGGAGAGGUGCCUGCAAGGCACCAAGGAUCUGCUUUCAACACUAGGAGCCUUGGGUUACCGAGCCUUGGCCAAAAAGGUCCAAAUCUGCAAGACAGAGGUAAACUACUUAGGCUAUAAAUUAAAAGGGAGACAGAGAUGGCUCACGGAAGCAAGAAAAGAGACUGUCUUAAGAAUACCACACCCACAGAAUGUCUGCCAAAUGCGUGAGUUCCUAGGGUCUGCAGGAUACUGCCGAUUGUGGAUCCCAGGUUUUGCAGAAAUAGCUAGACACCUCUAAGAAGCCAUCAAAGAAAGACAGGAGUUUACAUGGACAGAGACUAUGGAAAACUCAUUCACUAGACUGAAGCAGGCCUUACUCUCUGCACCUGCACUGGGGCUUCCUGAUUUAACCAAACCUUUCUACCUAUACAUAGAUGAAAGUAAAGGAGUAGCUAAAGGAGUGCUGAUACAGUACACUGGCCCUUGGAAAAGGCCCAUAGCUUAUUUCUCCAAGCUGCUAGACACUGUCGCCGCUGGAUGGCCCCCUGUCUGCGAAUGAUUGCUGCAGUGGCUACCAUGGUCAAAGAUGCAGACAAACUAACACUAGGACAAGAAUUAAAUGUCAGUACCCCACAUGCAGUCGAAAGGGUGCUCAAACAGCCACCAGACAGAUGGAUAAGUAAUGCCUGACUAACGCACUACCAAGGACUGCUUUUAAAUUCCACUAGAAUUCUGUUCCAGACACCCGCUUCGCUGAACCCAGCCACCCUCCUCCCUGACCCGGACUGGGAGGCACCACUCCAUGACUGUGGAGAAAUCCUGGCUCAUGUUCACGGAGUCAGAACCGACCUGCAAGAUCAGCCACUGGCAGAAGCAGAUGCCACAUGGUACACCGUUGGACGCCGCUUCAUGCAAGACGGAGUAAGGUAUGCAGGUGCAGCUGUAAUAACUGAGACAGAAACUGUCUGGGGGGAGCUGCUGGCUCCAGGGACUUCAGCCCAGCGGGCAGAGCUUAUCGCGCUGACUAGAGCAUUGACUAUGGCCAAAGGCAAACGCCUUAAUGUCUAUACGGACAGUAGGUAUGCAUUUGCCAUUGCCCACAUACAUGGAGCCAUCUACAGAGAGAGGGGGCUAUUAACUGCAGAGGGGAAAACCAUCAAAAAUAAAGAAGAAAUUCUUGGCCUCCUAUCUGCCCUUUGGCUACCCUAAGCCCUGGCUAUAAUUCAUUGCCUGGGCCAUCAAAAAUCUGACACCCCGAUUGCCAAAGGAAAUAGACUAGCAGACCAAUGCGCCAGACAGGCAGCCCUCUCAGUGGACCAUGCCCUAGUGACCACAUUGCCAGACCCAGGGGCCCCUAACCUCCCAGACACCCCCUCCUACACUGAUGAAGAUACAAAAUGGAUCAAGCAGCUACCCAUGACCAACUACCUAAAUGGGUGGUGGAGAGCUGCCGACUGCAUCAUUCUACCAGAAGAGUUAGGACGACGCAUCCUGACCAAAAUGCAUUGGGCUACACACAUGGGGAUGAGAAAAAUGGAAGACUUGGUGUGACAUGCUCACAUCACUAUCAGAGACUCUUGAUCAAAAAUUGGACAAAUCGUAGCAAGCUGCAAGGCUUGCCAACUGACAAAAGCGACUGCCCAGGCGCCCAACCCUGGUACCAGACUCCGAGGAAACAGACCAGGCGCCUAUUGGGAAGUAGAUUUUACAGAAGUAAAGCCCAGAAAAUAUGGGUACAGGUAUUUGCUAGUGUUUGUAGACACUUUUUCAGGUUGGAUCGAGGCGUUUCCCACCAAACAUGAGACCGCACAGACUGUGGCCAAGAAGUUGUUAGAAGACAUCCUGCCAAGGUAUGGUUUUUCUGCAAAGAUAAGCUCAGACAAUGGACCAGGAUUUGCUUCCAAGGUAACUCAGGGAGUAGCACAGAUUCUUGGGGCAGAUUGGAAAUUACAUUGUGCAUAUAGGCCCCAAAGUUCGGGACAGGUAGAAAGAAUGAACUGAACUUUAAAAGAGACCUUGACUAAAUUAGCCCUAGAGACUGGUGGAGACUGGUACACUCUCCUUCCCUUUGCCCUUUAUUGAGUGCAUAACUCCCCAUAUAAGAUGGGACUUACUCCCUUUGAAAUCAUGUAUGGCAUUCCUCCACCUAUUAUUCCCAUUCUCAAACCCGAAGUACUUGCUGAAUUUGAUGAUCACCAACUCCUUUUUUCCCUCCAAGUGUUGCAAAGAACCCAUGAGCAGGUCUGGCCUAAGCUGAAAGCUCUUUAUGAGACUGGAGCCCAUCCAAAACCACACCGCUAUCGUCCGGGUGACUGGGUGUACGUCUAGAGACACCAACACCAGGCACUGCAACCACGCUGGAAGGGACUCUAAAUCAUGAUCCU